AUGAGUGGAAUACUGUCAAACGAUGAGAAAAGCAAGAUCCAAAAAUCUAACGAAGACCGCAAACUGCAAAAAAAAAAAGUUGGGUUUUAUCACUAUACAGCCUUACUAACUAUGCUAUAAAUAUGUUAUGUUUGAUCAGUUUCCAAACAGAUCAAUCAUUUUAAAUAGCCAAUUAAACUAUUGUAUGCGAAGAAAGAUAGUAUGUCUACCUUAGCUUAAGAGAAAUUUUCCACAGGGUUGACUUCUUUACUAUAAUUCUUCAAAUGAUAAAUGAAAAGACGAUAUUUACUUAUCUAUUUACUCAUUUUUGGGAUAUGCUUACUGAUAGUAAACGAUCUCAAGCACUUAAAGGAAGUUUCAGUGUUUUAAUUGAUUAUGUAGGCCACUCAUUAAGUUUUAAAUUAGCUUAAGUUUAGUCCCGCAUUCUUGUAAUUUAAGGAAUGGGUGGUACCGUUAAUUCCCCCCCUCCCCUUCCCCCUCCCACUCCAAAACUGUUCUCAGUUGCUCCUUAUAAUCUUAAAAAUUAAGAUUAGUUUUAUUCUGUAAACGAGUUUGUAAUUUUAAAAUGUAUGUCCCUUUUCAGUUUGGCCCGAUCGUGUCUGGAACAGUACAGAACAUGUAAAAGAAGGGAGACUUUGAUUGCAUGACAAGGACUCAAUUUCUCGAAGGAAGUCGUGGUAUUUUAAUCAAGAAACCUCUCGAACGUGAUGCUUUUGAUAAGUGUCAUUCCUAAAUAAUAGACACGUGGUUUGCUUUUCCUUGAAGGUCACUAUAAAAGAAGAGGUGAAACAUUUUUGUUGCACAUUGAAAGAAAUCUUUGUUCAGAUUGUCGCCUUUCUGAAUCCUCUAAAACAAUGAAGUUUGCACUCGUGGUUCCAAUACUGCUAAAGCUUUUUCUUGCCACUGACGCUUGUACCGAGAUUCGAGUGAUCGCCGAGGACAAAACAGUCAUAGUCGGGCGGAGCAUGGAGUUUAUUAUGGAUCUUUCGUCGCAUGUCGUGGUGGAGCCCAAGGAUUACCCCCACACUGCAGAACUGCCAAAGACUUGUUUCCGUAGUUCACCAGCAAUAACCUGGACCAACAGCUACAAGAUCGCUUACAUUGACGCUUGGAAUUUGCCUUAUGCAACUGAUGGCCAAAAUGACGCUGGACUUUCCGUUGGUGCACUCAUGUUUCCUGUUUUUGCCAAAUAUCAGGUUGUCCCCCAGGACAAGUGCGGCUCGGCCAUUUCCAACUCGCAGUUCCUGUCAUGGAUUCUAGGCAACUUCGCAACUGCUGAAGAGGUGCGAAUGGCUUGGAAAAAGGACUCAUUUCCACUUGUGUGGGGACAAUCUAUGAACGGGUUCAUCUCCGAAUUGCACUGGUCCAUCACCGACAAAAGUGGUGACGGCAUCGUCAUUGAGUACACCGAACAGGGACCAAAGCUGCACGAAAAUACAAUUGGUGUCGUGACCAACUCUCCACCCUAUGACUUCCAAAUGCUGAACCUCCGCAAUUACGUCCAGCUUUCCAAGUUCGCUCAUGAUCCUUUGGUAUUAGGUGAAACAACGUUCCCACCCACUGGCCAAGGAAAUGGACUUCUUGGUGUCCCAGGAGAUCUCACUCCUCCAUCGAGACUGGUACGUUCUGCAGCCAUGGUGCACUUUGCUGAUACUGCCAAGAAAAGUGAUGAGGCGGUGAAUUUGGCUUUCCACAUCAUGAACACUGUUGAUAUUCCUCGCGGAGUCGCCGCAUCCCAUGAUCAUCCAGAUAUGCCUGACUACACUUCUUGGGUUGUGGUCAAGGACCUCACCAACAAGGCAAUGUACUUUCGCAGUUAUGAAGAUCUCACCAUCCGCGUGAUUCAUCUAGACAAAGUGACCCCUGGCAAGAAGUUGAAACUCAAGUUUGGAAACUCUAUUGGCGGGUUUGUGGAUGUCACCGGAGAUCUUGAGGAUGCUCAGGUGCAUACUGAACUUUAA